GAUGCAACGGAUGAACGAUCAUCAGUCGAUCGGUUGAAUGUAAUCCGAACGAAGAUGAACGGAAUCAUAUUUUUGGUGUGUGGAUUAUGCGCCUUAGUUGCUGGCCAAAAUAUAAACGAAAAAAAUGAUGUUGGUAAGAGGAGUGCUUAUGAUACCGACAAUAGCCAAGGAGUACAACUUAACCAAGGAAUAACUGAUCAAGGAACACUUGAUCAAGGAAAACCUGACCAAGGAGGAUACGACCAAAAUUCUUACGGACAAGGUGUCCCACUUGGACAAGGAACACUGCAACACGGCCAAGGAACACUCGGACAAGCAGUAGCAAUAGAUCAAGGGACGCACGACCAAAGCGCAUAUGGACAAUCACUACAACUUACCUCAGGAACAUACGACCAAAGUUCAAAUGGACAAGCGGAACAGUUGAACCAAGUAACCCACGACCAAGGAUCAUACGAACAAGCAGUUCCAGUAGAUCAAGGGACGCACGACCAAAGUGCAUAUGGACAAACAGCACAGAUAAACCAAGGGACUUACGACCAAGCUAUAAACAUUCAAGGAUCGUACGGUUUGCAAAACAAUCAAGUCCAAGGGGCGCACAGUGAGAAUCCAUCGGAUGAAAAAGUCCAAUACCAGGCGGUCGAAAAAGAAGUGGUCCAACCGUACCCGGUCGAAGUGGAGAAACACUUACCAUACCCGGUAAAGGUCGAGGUGCCCGUCGACCGCCCUUACCCGGUUCACGUGCCCAAACCUUAUCCAGUGCACGUAGACAAGCCCGUCCCGUACGAGGUCAAAGUGGAAGUGCCUCAACCUUACACCGUCUUCAAGCAAGUUCCGUAUGAAGUCAAGGUACCCGUCGACAAACCUUACACCGUGCACGUGCCCAAACCUUACACUGUUUUGGUCGAAAAGCGAGUACCUUACGAAGUCGUCAGGCACGUCCCUUACCCUAUCGGUGUGUUCGUCGACAGACCGUACACCGUGUUCACGCCCUACGAGAAGCACGUACCGUAUAUUGUGGAGAGGCCGAUUCCAUACCCGAUCACCGUGCCAGUCGACCGGCCAUACCAGGUGAUAGUCGAGAAACACGUACCAUACACAGUGCAGAAGCCCGUUCCGUAUGUCUUGCACAAGCCCGUCCCGUACCAGGUAAAGGUCCCGCUGAAAAUUGAAGUCCCAGUACCGUACCAAACGGCUGGUACACAGACGGAAAGACCUUUUUCGUACGAUUCGUGGACGUCGCCCCGCAAUGAAUUCUCUGGCAACAAACCUGGACACUAUUUCGAAAAAAAUUCAAACCAUGGUUAUGACCAUAAAUUUUAAAUACG